AUGUAUACACACACAGAGGUCGAGCAAGCUGGCUCAGAGUCAAAGGCUCUUCCAGCCGACCAGCCCUCCUCAACAGAUCCGGCCAGUUCUUCACCAUCGCUCGUUGAGGUCGAUUUCGGGGGCCAGAAGGUCCAGGUCCCAAAGGGCGGCUACUACGACCGUUAUCGAAUGAAUCCGAAUCUUGAAGAAGUGGCGCAGGACCCGGCCGCAGGCAACCUCGACUUCUUCCGCGAGAUCCCCAAGGAGAAGGUCCCGUCCAGAGUCGGUCCGACGUGGGCUCCAAAUUUCUACUACCGCAUGAGCAACGUCCAGCUCCUUUUUCUGGCACCCAUCGCUCGGCUGCGUGAAAAGCUGCCAAAGCCUCUCGAGCCUCUGCAUCCGUUCCCAGGCUAUGGACUGGUUGCGCUUACGUUCUUUUCGUACCCCGUUUGCGACAAUGAUCCUUACGACGAGGUGUCCAUCGCAAUCAUCACACGCCGGCCUGGCGCCCGAGGCUCGCAAAUCUUGGAGCUACUCAAGUCUAUCCGAAACCGCAGCUUUUACGCGCAUGUGCUGGCGCUUCCCGUGACGACUGAGAUCGCUCGAGUGCGCGGCGUGUACGGCUACCAGCUGCCCAAGUGGCUCGCUCAGAUCGACAUCAAGAUCGGCACAAGCGUCGAAGCCUCCAUUGCCGCUACUGACGGCACGCCGGACCUCGCACUGACAGUGCCGCUUCCAGCCUUGCGGACUGUGCUAUCCCAGUCGGAGCAAGGGACAAAUUAUUCAGUCUAUCAGAUUGACGGACAGUGGCAUCAAGUUGCCGUUCGGUCCAAUCCGCUCUCCUUUGCUCAGCGUCUCUUUCCCCGCGACGUGAAGCUGUCGCGCAACGGAGGACCACUUAGCCAGCUGCUUGAGCAGCUGGGUGUGUCUACUAUUCUCCGCCUAGACGUUGUCAAGGAGGCGCAGAUGGUGCUCCACAUGCCAACAUCACUAACGACGUUCGGCUAGCAGUAAAGAUGAGCUUUACGC